AGCAUCCAUGGCCAAGCCAUCAAAGGCCAAGCAAAAAACCACAUAUCCAAACCGGCAACCGGCGCGCCAGUCCGCCAGGAUGUUUCGACGCGCCAAGACAACGACGAUAGCCACGCCACCCUCCAACGGCGAGGUGCGGGUGCAUAAGGUCGACAGGAUCGAGCUCGUCCGCAACCUUGUGACCAAGCCGUCGAUGUACAACGGCGCCAACCCGAUGGCAGCAUCAACCAUGAGGCGAGGUGCUGCCGGUCAUGGCACGGCCGUCACCAUUGGUAAGGUUCCCGUCGCAUCCAGGCCGGGCGUCGUGUCCAUAGAGGAUAUUAACAAGAGGUCCGAGGCCUACAUCCGGGAGAGGAAGAGGCUCUUCCAGGGCCUGAAAUAGCUCGAGAUACAUGAAGAUGAUCUUGCACUACUAUUGAUCACGUCUACAUAUAUACACCGAUUAAUUGAUGUAUGCAUGUGUGGAAUUUCCCCUCGAUGGAAUGUAAGAUGUACUAUGUAAACGUGUUGUCGUGUGAUAUCGAUCCACUUGUUGUAAUUAACUGUGUGCCCUCUUAGAAAGUGUGCGGUGAAAUCUUUACUACCGAUAUAAAAAUAGACGAUUAUUAAGUGCAGAUAUAUAAUCGAAAUAUUUCAGACUUCAGAUUA